AUGUUGAAGACUGUACCGAUGGAAAAAAGCAAAAAGUUCCUUGUGACUUUUGGAAACUAUGCCUGGAUAUAUUUUUACAUGAACCAAUAUGAAAAAGCUCAGAUGUACAUAGAAAAGGUAAACCAAAUUUAUGAUGAGCUCAAGCAAUUGCCUAAUGAUACUAACAAAAUAGCAGAGGUUUAUGGUGAACAAGGGUGGUCAAUGUUAAAAUUCAAUGCAAAGUAUUACGAGAAAGCCAAAGAAUGCUUUGAAAAAGCUUUAGAACUAAAUCCAGAAGAUCCUGAGUGGUGUUCCGGCCAUGCUAUAGCGGUAUACCGUUUGGAGGGACUGAACAGUAAGAAAUGUGAAGCUUCUGAAUGUAAGUCCUUACAGGCCUUGCAACAUGCUGUAGAGGUAAAUCCAAAAGAUGCCGUCUUGAAAGCACUUCUUGCACUGAAGCUGCAGGAGCUAAAAAGAGAUAAGGAAGGAAGAACAUACAUAGAAGAAGCUCUGCAACAAGCUCCAAAUCUUCCAUAUCUACUUCGUUAUGUGGCCAAAUUUUACAGAAAAGCCGGGCUAUUAGAUGAGGCUUUGCGUGUCUUAAAAGAAUCUGUUGAUCUUAUGCCAACAUCUGGCUUUCUUCACCACCAAAUAGGACUGUGUUAUCGGCAGAAGAUGAUCAAUCUAAAGAAGCUUGAAAAGGAAAACUAUCAACUCCGGUAUGUACACCAGGAAGAAGUGGAUGAAUUUGUCAACAAGGCCAUUUUUCACUUUGAAAAGGUGCUGGAACACAAGAAGACAUUUGUCUUUGCAUAUACGGACCUGGCAAAUAUGUAUUGUGAAGUAAAGGCCUACCAGAAAGCAGAUGACACAUUUAAACAAGUUUUGCAAUUUACUAAUCUCACAAAUGAAGAGAAGCAACAGGUCCACCAGGCCUAUGCCCGUUUUCAAGAGUACCACAGGAAAUCGGAAUCAGAAGCAAUAAAGCAUUAUAAAGAAUGUUUCCAGAUAUCUGACCCAAGUCUGCCCAGGGAUUUAAGUGAGAAAGCAUUAAAAAGACUGGCCGAAAGGAAGAUAAAGAUUUACCCACCUCAGGUGUCUGGAUUUGAAUUGCUUGGAUUUGUCUAUAAGAAUAGUGGAAACAUAAAAGAUGCCAUCGAAUGCUAUGAAAAAGCCUUGAAACUUGAUCCAGGCAAUGACGAAUAUUUGAGUGAGCUGUGUGACUUGAAGCUAAAAAUAUGA